CUCUUUGUGUGUCUUUUAUCAUUUGCAUAAACUUAGUUUUUGCCUCCAAAAGACUUAAAAAAGCUUUCUCGGCUUUGUCUCUUUGUCACUUUAUCUCUAUUUCACUAUUCUCAAGAAUCAUGUGUAAUUCUAAACCAUCUUCUUCUUCUUCUUCCUUAUUAUCUUCUAAAGACAAAACCCAUUUCUCAAAACUCGAGUCCUGUGAUACAGAUAACCCUCAUUAUUCUGAAUUCACUAAUAAUGAUUCUUUAGACCUUAAAAGAUGGCCAACUUUUCUUGAGGGCUUAGAAGAAGUGAAGGCAAUCGGAAAAAUCUCCGGGCCGACGGCACUGACCGGACUUCUUAUGUACUCAAGAGCGAUGAUAUCGAUGCUGUUCCUAGGCUACCUCGGUGAGCUUGAGUUAGCCGGAGGAUCUCUCUCCAUAGGCUUUGCUAAUAUCACCGGCUACUCUGUCAUCUCUGGUUUGUCCAUGGGGAUGGAACCAAUCUGCGGCCAAGCCUAUGGAGCUAAACAAAUGAAGCUUUUAGGACUAACCCUUCAGAGAACUGUCCUCCUUCUCCUUUCUUGUUCUGUCCCGAUCUCCUUCUCGUGGCUCAACAUGCGCAAGAUCCUCUUAUGGUGCGGCCAAGAUGAAGAGAUCUCCUCCGUAGCUCAAAAGUUUCUUUUAUUCGCUAUCCCUGACCUUUUCCUCCUCUCUAUCCUUCACCCUCUUCGCAUUUACCUCCGAACACAAAACAUUACAUUGCCCGUGACUUACUCCACGGCCGUGUCCGUUCUCCUCCACGUUCCUUUGAACUUCCUUUUAGUGGUGAAACUUGAGAUGGGAGUUGCGGGAGUUGCUAUAGCUAUGGUUUUGACAAAUCUCAACCUUGUAGUCCUCUUAUCUUCUUUUGUGUACUUCACGAGCGUGCAUAGUGACACAUGGGUCCCGGUUACUAUUGACUCUCUUAAAGGUUGGUCGUCUUUGCUCUCACUUGCCAUACCCACUUGUGUAUCUGUUUGUUUAGAGUGGUGGUGGUACGAGUUCAUGAUCAUUUUGUGUGGACUUUUGGCUAACCCAAGAGCCACCGUGGCUUCCAUGGGAAUCUUGAUCCAAACAACAGCUUUGGUCUACGUCUUCCCAUCAUCUCUCAGCCUUGGUGUCUCUACAAGAAUUGGUAAUGAGCUUGGGGCCAGACGUCCUGCAAAGGCUCGUGUAUCCAUGAUUAUUUCACUCUUCUGUGCGGCUGCCUUAGGCCUAAUGGCAAUGGUUUUUGCUGUUCUGGUUCGACACCGGUGGGGACGCUUGUUUACCACGGAUGCAGAGAUUCUUGAGCUGACUUCAAUCGCAUUGCCCAUUGUGGGCUUAUGUGAGCUUGGAAACUGUCCUCAAACUACCGGUUGUGGGGUUUUAAGAGGCUGUGCAAGACCAACACUUGGUGCUAACAUAAACUUGGGUUCGUUUUACUUUGUGGGUAUGCCGGUGGCUAUUCUGUUUGGGUUUGUUUUCAAACAAGGGUUUCCAGGUCUUUGGCUCGGGUUACUUGCAGCUCAAGCGACUUGUGCUUCUCUCAUGUUGUGUGCACUCUUGAGAACAGAUUGGGCAGUCCAAGCUGAGAGAGCUGAAGAGCUAACGUCAGAAAGUUCCGAAAAGACUCCUCCUCUCCUCCCUAUUGCAAGGUCAAAGAGCCAGUCUAACUCUGGUACAGAAGAUAUGAUGAGAACGAUGUUGGUUUAGAUUGAUAGCUAUUCUUUGGAGUCAUUGGCCAUUAGGCGUACGUACAUAUGUUCUUGUCAAAACAUUAAUUUUUUGGAGUUUACAUUGCUCCUUAAUUUCUACUUUUUUUUUUAUUCAAGAACGAUAAAUUUAUUUUGUGGGCAUUAGUGGUGUUUUUGUGUUAUCUAUGUUUGUAUGGGUGUGAUAGUUCUUAGUUUUUGACUUUAGCAGUUUGUACUUUAUAUGUUCCCUUUUGUAAUAACUCAGUUUGGUGUGGUUUUAUUUAUCUUUAUCCAUUUUGUAGGAGAAAAUGA